ACUUGGAAGAGUAAGAGGACCUGAGUAGGUAAGCCCUAAGUUAGUUCACGUUAGUCUCGUGGUCCGUUUCUUUGUCAGUACGUGUGUAUGUAGGAACUAGCGUCCAAACUACUACUACGGCCAAGUGUUGCCCCAUAAUCACACCAUUCGCGCACCGUUUCUCUACUGAUCCUUGUCCGCCAUAUUAAAGCCAACCACCCAGCGAGGCAAUAAGUUAGCAAGCACAUAACUGAAUUCUAUACUAACCACCCUCAAUCCUCCUUCCCGAUUCCUCCCUUACUUUCCUUUCUUUCCCACGAAAGCCAAAACCCAUCGUCCCAUCUAUCCCACCACAAUGACCACCACCACCACCACCAGCCCCACCAUUGUUCUCGUCCACGGGGCCUGGCACACCCCGGCCAACUAUGCCCCUUUCAUCACCGACCUCGAAUCGCGGGGCUUUAUCGUCCACUGCCCCCACCUGCCCAGCUGCACCAAUACCUCCCCACCACCGGCCACCUACCAAGACGACGUGACCACCGUCCGCAACCUGGUCACGGGCCUCGUCAACAACGGCGAGCGCGUCCUGAUGAUCCUGCACUCCUACGGCGGGGCCAUCGGCACCGACGCCGUCCAGGGACUGGACCUGCCGACCCGCGCCGCCCAAAACCUCCCAGGGGGCAUCAUCCACCUCCUCUACCUCUGCGCCUACAUCCAGCUGCCCGGCCGCACCGUGUGGGACGUGAUCGCCGAGGCGGGGAUGACGGGGUUCUGGCCGCAGUUCGUGCAGGACCACGCGGACGGAUCCACUUUCCCCGUGGACCCCGUCCAGCUCUUCCUGGGGGACUGCGAUGCGGAGCAGAUUGCGGCGGCGCGGCCGCAUCUCGUGCGCAGUCCGUUGAGUGCCUUCCAUACCCCGGGUUCCGGGGAUGCGUGGCGGAGACUGCCGGUCACGUAUGUCACGACAACUAAAGAUUAUUCGGUGCCCCGCGUGUACCAGGACAUUAUGCUGAAGCAUGUCGCGGCGCAAGGGGUGGAGGUGAGGGUGGUGGAGGUGGAUACCGCGCACAGUGUGUUUCUGUCCCGACGCGACGACGUGAUGAGGGUGGUGGACGAAGCGGUGCGGGAUGAGCGGAAUCCUUGAAUUUAAAGGUGUUUGAUCGCAGUUUCUGUUUGUGUCAGGGUGCGGGUUAGAUUGAACUGAGGAUUUAUAUAGAUAUCAAUGCUAGACGCUCUACAGCGGAACGAAAUCAA